CUCGGAGAGUGGAAUUUAAAGUGGGACCCGCGGCAAUCGCAGAGCUGCGCAGGCUCCUCUUCUAAAGCACCGGUGCGAGGCGCAUGGCUGCGUGAGGCUCGGCCUCUGGGGCCCGUUGGUGUCGGCGGCCUAGGGAGGCGCGACGGCUGGUGGGCAGAGCAGGAAUGAAGACCAAAAGAAAAAAAAAGGGAUCUACCUAACACUGUGUCCAAAAGACCAGCAGAUGGCGCCCAGCAAACCCAGUGCACUGAUGCUGAAGUACUAUGAGCUUUCAGAACUUCUGGAAAGACUACAAAGUUCUGGUUGUUAUGGUACCUUUAAUUGGGUUCAUACACUUGGGGUGGCACAGAGUCAAAAGUAGCCCUGUUUUCCAAAUACCUAACAAGGACAACGUUCUUAAGCCAGAUAGUCUGCCACUUGCAAGUCCUCAGAAGGAUCACAUCGAGGAAAAAUAGCGCGGUCGCAUUCUUCAGAAAAAAGCAGCUUUGAAUCUGAGCUUGAUAUUGAACGAAGAAAUGAAAAAUACAAGUUGGAUUAAAAAGAACUGGCUUCUUGUCGCUGGGGUUGCUUUCGUCGGUGUUCAUCUCGGAACAUACUGUAUGCAAAGGGC